AUGGCAAAACAUCUGAAAUUCACCGCCAGGACUGAGAUGGUACAGGAAGGAAACGUGGAAGGUGCAUACAGGACCCUAAACAGAAUCCUCACUGUGGAUGGGCUCCUUGAGGACAUUAAACGUCCAUGGUAUAAUGAAAAGCCAUCCUGCCAGCGACAGAGGAAAAGCUAUAAAAGGUGCUGGCAGAUCUAUAACAUGGAAAUGGCUCGCAAGAUCAACUUCUUGAUGCAAAAGAAUUGGGUAGAUCCGUGGCAGGGCUGCUGAGGCCUGUGGAUGGGACA